CCGCGCGCCUCAUUCGCCGGCUCUACUCCGCCGCGAUAACAUCCUGUGCUGUAGUCGCUAUCGUGCCGCUCACGUCGCGUGCAGAGAAAACUUAUAAAAAAUAUUUUAUUGCCAAAAACAAAUGGGCGUCGAUAGUGAAACUUAAACUUGUGAUGAUGCACAGUGUUCUGUGAGUUUGUUACUGACUUCAGUUUGUGUUUUGCAUUCCAAGUUUCACAUCGAGAAAAGAAAGGACCGCAGUGACAGUUUGUGUGAGUUUUUCUCGAGGGAUUUUCUUGGCGUCUGGACUUGGUGCAGCCGCUCCAAUAUGGAGGGCUACUUCGACAACGACGACCUGAAGGACGUCUGGGAGACGGACAUUGACCCGGACAUGCAAGAAGUACUGGACGAGGAUUCAGAGAUGAGCGACUGGUUGAUCCGCGACUCCAAGUCUGUGGUGGUGUUACAUGACCGCCUAAUGACCGACGCGGCACUUGGUGCAGCCCCCAUCAAGACAGAGCACUCGUACAGUCUCCACUCGGACGUAGAGUCCGCACCAUCCUCUCCACACCACACCAAAGUCGAUGACAUGGAGGACGAAUGCUACCCUGCCAUGCCGGCCAGUGCUUGGAGCAGUCGACGGCGGUCGAGCGACUCCCCUGUCAGAGAAGUCAAGACCGAGCCCAAAUCGGAGCCCGACUCCCCCGCCUCGUCCUGCCCCCCCUCACCCACCCCCGGCACGCCCGUCACACACCUCGACUAUGUCAUUGACCACACGACCGGCACAAUUCACAUGCCGCCGGCAGUGCUACAGAAAGUGGGCGCGGCGGGCGUGCCACAGCUGCUGCUCAGCGCAGCGCCGCGGCUCGCCAACUCGCUCGGCUCCAACAAGCUCUCCAUCAAAGUCACGAGCUCUGCUUCAGGGUUCAACUUGCCGCCGACGCCGCCGUCGUCGCUAUCGUCGUCGGACAGCGAGGGCGCGCUGUCGCCGGCGCGCGAGGCCGGUCCCCCCGCCGCGCCCCCCGCGCCGCGCCGCCCGCACCUCUACGUAUCGCACCACUCGCGCCAGCCAAUCAACACGCCGCUCAUCAGCUCACAGCCGAAAGGUUCAACGGGCACGUUAGUACUCACAGAAGAAGAAAAGCGCACACUACUGGCUGAAGGAUACCCUGUCCCUACUCGUCUACCGCUUUCUAAAGCUGAGGAGAAAUCUCUCAAAAAGAUCAGAAGGAAAAUAAAAAAUAAGAUAUCAGCACAAGAAAGCAGGCGCAAAAAGAAAGAAUACAUGGAUCAGCUAGAAAGGAAGGUGGAAAUCCUAGUGUCAGAGAACUCAGACUACCGGAAGAGGGUGGACACCCUGGAGCAGAAGAACGCCAGCUUGCUGAGCCAGCUGGCGGCGCUGCAGGCGCUGGUGACGCGCGGCAACAGGAAGUGACGUCAUUGCGACCAGUGACGUCACACGCUCGCAAGGUACAGGUCGCAACUAACCUCAAACGUCACUAUCAUAUAAUUAUUCUGCCGACCGUAUCGCAGUGCCGAUCGGAUUUGACGAUUUAAUUAUACAAAGGCUGUGAGAAAUUGUGGAAACAGUGACAUUCUCACAGUUUGAUAGUUCGUUGGUAUUGCAGAGACGCUGCCCCGUUUCGGAGUGUAUAUUUUUAAUGUAUAUUUUGGAUGUAUUUACAUUAGUAGCGCGGAUUGUUGUACCGACGGGGACUAGUAGCGUUGAAUGGUUGCUCACUAUUAUAGUAAUAGGUUUCUGUGGUGCUGGAUUGGAUAUACCUUGUAAGGUAUGCUACUGUCAAGUGCCACACUAGAUAUUUAUUUUUACAGCUCCAAUAGUUGUCAUCAGCUGACGAGCGAUGACUCGAUGACAGGGAUAAUACUGGGCUCUAACAUAAGUAUCGAUUUAGUUUUACGUGUGUUAAAUGAAAUCUCGUAAUAUAUUCUAGUAGUGCUGCAGAAGCAUUACAUAAUUAAGUCUUAAUUUGUGCGUGUUUUUAUUAAAAUGUGCAAUUAGGUUAAGGAUUAUGAUUGUUACCCAAAGCAUACAAUACUGUAGCAGGUUUCGUUGUGGCCGUGAAUGCGGUGUUGUGGCCUCAUGAACGUAUACGUGAAAUUAACAUCGAUGUGUUGACGAUUAGAACUGGCUGAACUACUUAUUUAGUUCCUUAGAUCAGGAACACGAAAGGGUACAUGGAGGUUGAACAAAACAAAAACCGACAUUUUAUGCUAGCUUUAGUUAAAAAAACGGUUUUGGUUUUGUCGUAAACUUGUUUAUGCACUAGAUAAUUUUUUAACAAUUUCACUGGAAAAACUCAGCGCUCUUGAGCAGAAGGUCUAUCAAGGAAAAUUCUUGUAUGAUUAUUAGGUUAUCGGAAUUAAAGAGAGCGUUUAUCAGUUUGUCCUUGAACAGUAUCUGAAAAUUUGCUACGUUAUUACAGUUUGAAUUCUACAAUUUUUUUGCAUAGCCAGUUAACCUGAAUGUACUAUAUUGAUAAGUAUCUAUCCUUUUCUCUUUCUCACAUUUGUGUAGCUGUUUCAUUCUUACAUUUAAUCAUGUUACUAUGUGUAAGAAUGAAUCGGCAAAAUGUGCGCGAAUGAAGAAACCAGUACAAGAUUAAUGUUCUGAUCAGAAAUAUUAUCGAGUGGUUUCCUUGGUCAAACAUUGAAUAAGACAUUUGGUAAAUAAUUUGCCAUAAAACAAUGUUUCUUUGUUGCUGAUUUUGCUAGUUAUGAAGAAAUUGAUUUGACAUCUAAAAAUGGCAACUCAUGUUUUUUUAUCUUGACGUUGAUUAAAAGUAUAUGAUUUGACUAGUGGUGAACUCCAUUGCUUAUAAUAUCAAUGUGCCUCUCGUGUCCUGACCUUUCUGUAUCUUCACGAAACUUGAGAAAACACGUGACCGUGUAGCCUGUGGUGUAUUGGGAAUCUUAGUAGCAUAAUAUGUAAGGCCGGUAACGCGCGCCUUACCGUAUAUUAUUGAAUUCCAUGAAUUUGCAUUUAUAGCGAAAUGUGUAUCACCUAUAGAGAUUUUAUCUAUUUAAGAUAACACUAGAUAUACGAAUCUAAUUGAGGACCUAUAUAAAAACCGAUUUGUAUGACAAAUGUAUAUCGGUUACGUCUAGUCUCUCGUAGAAACUAACAGGCCUGUUGUGGAGGCCUGGGAUAGAGAUAGCUGUAUCAAUUCAAACUCAGUUCACACUGCGCUCUGUGAAGACAAGUACAAAUUAUGGCAUGCCUUCGUUGAAGUAACGUAGCUAACAUACCUAUAUUUAGGUAUCUUACACGCGAACUCAAAUUUUUUACAUUGUGUUGUGCAUAUCAAAUAGUUGAAAUGCGUAACUACCGUCAAUUUAGGGGCUUCCUAAUUUUAUUUCAAAUUAACCACUGAGAUCACGGUAGACAUCGCUUUCAAGGGCUCUAUUUGCUGCGUAGCUAUUUGCUAAUCUUCAUCGUCAAGCUAAAUUGUGCUUUAUGAUUUAUGAUUCAUAUCCCAAUAUAGCUUAACAUCGUAAAUUAGCACGUAGCCAAGCACGAAAGUAGCUGAAUAUGUAUUUUCUUGACACUCUUAUGUGAUUCUUAACACAAUAUUUUUUCAUAGAUUUUGGGGUAAAUUCGUUUUUUAAGCGAAGCCAAUGCGCCUCCAUUUGUAAGAUAACUAGUGAAAUUUCAGAGCGCUAUAUUGUAUUUAUGUUAUUAAUUAUUCCGGGGUAUCUGACGAUGCCACUGUAAACCCAUGAAACUAAUUGGGAAUAUACAAAGAUUAUUUUAUCAGCCCAGAUUAUAUUCACUAUACAUUUCCUUCACAAAUUGAAAUUCAAUUCAUCUUUUCGCCCAAGAUUAAUCUUGGGCGAAAAGAUGAAUUUAAUUUCAAUGAUUCGUUACAUUUCAGUUUUUAUUGUAUCACAUUUUUAAAACCAAAGUACGUUUAGUGUCAUUACAAGUGGUUUCGUAGUAACCCCGGUCUUGCCAAUAAAUUUAUUUACAUGUUCUGAGCUUGUAUGACAGCGCAGGUACGAAUGCGUUCGUAUCGCCUUUAACCAUGAAACUAUAUGUAAGUAAUACUGGAGCCAAUACCUCCCAAAAAACUGUUUGUUCUGAAGUAUAUGUAUCUAUCUUUUUCAUCUGUAGACCUAACUCCUUGAGCGGUGAAGAAUAUAACUUAGAUGACUACAUGUCAUAUCUCGCAAUGCUUAUGAGAGGUUGGCAACCGAUGAAAGAAAUAGCAAUAUAUGUCCCUUGUAUCGAAAAGUUCUGGCGCCAGUAUUAAUCUAUAGCCUCAUGCCUUUGUAACUAACAUUAUUUUACACUAAUAAACAUUCCAUUAAUUGUCUUGUGUAGUAAUGAGUGACUUAAAGUGAGCUCGUGUACUUAUUACUCUAAUCAUAAAUUAACUAUCCUGUACAAAUGUAUCUGUUUUGUCUUAAUUUAUAUAACUUCUAAGACCGCACACUUGAGUGGACGAACAUACCUUUACAUCAUAUUUUCUGUUUAGAACUCAAUUUAUGUCUGUACCUAUUAACAACUUAUAGAAAUAUCCUUAGCUUCAUUAAUAUUUUACAAUGCAAGCAUGGACUUCACGACGAAGCUCGUCGUUUUUCGAGAAGUUUUGUCGAUAUAAGUUACUAUUUUCCUGCCACUAAUAUAGUAAUGAAAAUGAGCUAUACGUCCAAGGGAAGUCACAUUAAUAAAUGCGUUGUACAGUCUGCCACAGAGAAGUCUGAUCCCCCGCGAUUUGAACACCAUCUCUUAGGGCGUCAGAUUUCUCUGUGGCAGACUGUACCGUCGAGACUUUCAGAGAUGCUGAAAUGAAUAUAUUCGUUCGCUCAAAUGUGCAAUAUUUAAUUUGAGAUGUUAAAAAUUGCUAGCAUAAUUUAAAUGUAGCCAAGUUGUUUGUUAGUCUAACGUAUGACUAAAAACUUGUCUUGUAAUAUAAUACAGUGUAAUACAAUUUUAUAAUAUCAUUCCACUUCAGUAUGUUACCAAAAAAUAUUUUUAAUUUAUAUUUCAAUAACAAAAAAAAAACAUUAAGUUUGUUUUAACAAUAAAUAAGUCUGUCAAACAACUCCGUCGAUUGAUUAUACUGUGUUAUGUUAAUAUUUUGUAUUAUAUUUUACUAUAUUGUGUGCAAUUACUGUUCUCUUUUGAAUUUUAAACGUUCUUCCUAAUUAGACUGGUAAGGAAAUGUUCUAUUUAUAUCGCGCGGAAUAUAAAUCGUUUAUCAUCCCGUCUCACCAUGGGUUAUUAUAAAGAUUGAGAUAUAUUUUAAGAGAUUUUUUCUAAUAAAAUUUUAGAAAUAUAUAUAUAACACUGUUUUACAUGUCUUUUCGCUAUACAAAUUAUAUCCGCAGAUUUCAAAUUGAUUCUGCGGUUAGGUAUCUAGUUUAGCAUUAGUACCUACUUAUAUACAAGUUAAAUAUUGAAAUUGCAAUGUGUGCCUGCCUAUCAGCUACUGAUUUUACCAAUAUGAAUAAGUAUCGAUUGUAGAAUAGUGAAUGACGAUAUCGAAAAGUAUCCUGUACUUGUAUAGAGACGUUAUAUAUUUAAAAAAGAAGUAUUUACCUAACUUGUAAAAUAUAUUAAUUCCUAUUAUGGCAUUUACCGUCUACAAAAAGAGUGAUUUAAUUGAGAACGACUUAUAUACUAAAUUAAUAAAGUAGUUGAUAUUUUAACUUAUGGAAUUAUUGAGGCCGAGUGGCUGUAAGUAGUGGCGAAGUUGUUGUCAACAUGAUGCGUGUUGUGCGAGAGUCGCACUUUUGGGUGACAUAAGUGUGGUCCAUGCGAUAUUAAACAUAUGAUAGAUUUAACACUGAUGUUCAAAAACUGCGACGUAUAUCUACAAUGCAAUUUUCCAAAAUACUCAUAACUAAACACUAUAGCCUGUCUAUGUUGAAAUGACGAGCACCACUGGCGAAUUGUGCAUACUAAUUGACUUGUGUUGGUAAUGGUUCGUUAGUGGCGCGCUUCAUCUAAACCUAGACAUGCUAUACGAGAAAUAGGACAAUUUCAAACAGUAUACUUGAUGUAAAUUCCGGAUGGGUCACACUUGGCAAGCGCAAGAGUCGCGAUGGGAGUCUUGCGUACGUAUAGUUUUGUUAUUCAUUGCAAGUGUAAUUUUAUUGAUAGUUUUAUAUGUUAAAACUAUGCACUGUUACCUAGAGUCAUGAUUUGUUGAAUCGUUUGUUUUAUUUUUAUUUUCCAAUGACAUUGCGGAUUUUACUGUCAUCCUUGAGCUAAUAAAGUGUCAAAUAUAGUGA